UGAUAUAUUUGAGUUUAUUGCCACCCAAUUUUGAAAAUGUAAAACCAUACUUCCCUAGAAAAGGCCAUUGAAUUUUGGGCUCAAGUUUGAGCUUGUAUGGGAACCAAGAAGAAACCUCUUUGGAGGUCUCCUAAAUGUUCUGCGAGAAGCCGAUUUCCACUCGGUGAGUUGGCAAGGGAAAAAUGUAACCUCCGUGAUGAAUAUUUAUCAAAAAGUAAGAAGUUGUCGGCAUUAAAAAAGAGAAAUAAGCGUCUUCAAGAAAAGAGUGAGAAAGUACAAGAAUGCAUGAAUCAGCUCGAGAUAACACCACGUUCAAGUGCAUUUGUAAUUUCAAAAAACACCUCCACUGCGCGCAAAAAGAAUCCCUCUGAACUUUCUGAUGGUGGUAAACUGAACUUACCUCGACGAAGUGCCCAACGGAGGCAAUUGGAAACCUUAAUUGCUGCAACAGAGAUCAAUGGAGGGAGUAUGGAGGACAGGGCUCCUGCUCUAGAGGGCAUGGUCUCCACUGUCCUUAAGUAUAGCAAAGUAACUGAUGUUGCCAAGUAUCUCUCCUCAUCUAAAAAAUUGAAAAAGGCCACUCUGAUGGAAAUAAAGAAGGAAGCACAAGAAUACGAGAAAAGUAAUGAAAAUUUUAUCCGGUCAUUAUCAUUGCUCUAUGCUGGAGGGGUCAUUGGAAAGGUAAAGUACAUGCAAGGGAGGUCUGCACUUGUCAUGAGGCACACAGGGAAGAGCACUAAAACAGGUACUCCAUCAGUUGAGUUAAUCCUCAAAACAUUGAGUGAUAUUUUUAGAAGCAUUCUAAGUGUAACUGUGCUUUGACUCACAAUGAACCCCAGCUGUUUAAGGACUUAUAAAACAACUGUUUUAUUUUUCAUGCCUUGUAACAUUUUCAUGAAUAAGGAGUUGAGGUAAAUGUAAGUUUAUAUUUAACUGUAACUGAUUAUAUUGAACCCAAAGUUUUCUCUGUUUACAUACU